UGCCUCAUCUACAAGAUCAAGACGGAGUAUUGGUACGCAGGGGGCAGGUCUAUGUACCAGUGGGGGCCCUCAGGUUGGAGGUGAUUAGAGCCCACCAUGACGAACCCAUGGCUGGGCACUUUGGCAGGUUCAAGACCGUGCAGCUUAUCACCAGGAGCUACUGGUGGCCAAAGAUGCGGCAAGACAUUCUGUGCUUUUGUGACAGCUGCGCUGUUUGCCAGCAGAGUAAGACGCCUGUUGGGCGCCCUAGAGGUUUGUUGUCGUCUCUACCUGUUCCUGAGAGGCCAUGGCAAAUCAUUUCCAUGGAUUUUAUUUCGGAUUUGCCUAAGUCUGGGGGUUAUACUUGUAUUUGGGUGGUGGUGGAUUUAUUUAGCAAACUGGCUCAUUUUAUUCCUUGUUCAACCAUUCCGGCGGCCCCUACGUUGGCCUUACUGUUUACUAAGCACAUCUAUCGUUUGCACGGAGCUCCCGAGGUGAUUAUUUCGGAUAGGGCUCCGCAAUUUGUGUCACGCUUUUGGAAACACUUCCAUGAGUGCUUAGGUACUAAGUUAAACGUUUCUUCUGCGUUUCAUCCGCAAACGGAUGGUCAGUCGGAACGGGUUAAUGGGCUCUUAGAGCAAUAUUUACGUUGUUUUUGUUUAGAUCAACCCACUGCUUGUGGCUACCGGUGGCGGAGUUCGCUUACAACAAUGCGGUGCACACGUCUAGUCAGCAUACGCCAUUUGAACUAACGUAUGGUUUUCACCCACGGGGAGGUGUGGCGCCGUCGACCAAUGUGGUCUCUUCUGACCCUGUGUACCGCUCUUCGGAAAUGGCUGCGUUGCAUGAUGUUGCCCGUCGCUUACUGUUGGAAGCUAAGGCAACGCAAAAGACUCAGGCCGAUCACCGCAGGCAGGCAGGGGAGGAGUUGGAAGAAGGGGAUUUGGUGUGGUUGUCUUCCAAACAUAUUAAACAGGCUGGGGGAAAAUUUGCGCCUCGGUAUUUGGGUCCCUUUCCUAUCGUUAAAAAGAUUUCUUCCGUUGCGUUUCGUUUGCGUUUACCGUCUAGUUUAAAGGUCCAUCCAGUUUUCCAUCGUUCACUGUUAAAAUUAGAUACCUCCAGUCGUCGUGGUGCUAUAGCGGAGGGUAUCACUGCCACCUCUCCGCCUUCGGGGGAGGAGGCCUUUGUGAGAGGGGAUAGUGUUAUGAUUGAGCCUCAUGGCUCUGUUACUGGCAGACGUGGGCGUAAGACUCCUCGAGAGUCAGAUACUCUCGAGGAGCGAGAAAGAAAGAGACUGCGAGAUAUCUUUGCAGCACCAUCUGACGAAGAGUCUUUUGAGGGGUUUACGGAGAGAAUGGAGGAGGGGCUGGUUAGCUCGGAGGAGGAUGAGAUGGAUUGGACUCGGGUGAGGGAGGAAUUGGGUGCCACUGGCAAUGAUGGGAUGGAAGAUGAAUGGGGACCUUCAGGAUUAGACCCAUGGACAAGCUGGAGGGAUGGGACGGGAUCCACAGCUGGGGAUGCUGUGGGGCGUAGUCAGAGGUGUUCCAGCUCUGAUGAGGAAAGUGAUGAGGAAACGCCCGGGUUAAGGAGGGCAGCUGAUAGUGAUGAGGAUUUGUAACUGGCAUAAAAUGAGGCUUGGGAGCAAUUGCAAAUUGCGUUGGGCAAGGUAAUCUGGACGAACGCUUGGGAUCUGUGUGGGACGCUUUCCUGAAGACUGGUGUGUUUUCGUGUGCUGAUACCUUUGACCUUCCGUCGUCUUCUUGACGGACGCCAUCUCCUGCUUUGGAUUUCGGACUGAACUGACCACGGCUUGACUUCCCCCUACUCGGACUUGGUGAAACUACAAACGUCUGCUUCUGGCUUGAACUACGGAAAGGAACUGGGUCUACUCUACUGCUUCAAUCCUCGGCUGAUCUGUGUGUAUUGGAAAUCUUGCCUGCUGUGUGGAGGAGUGACUCAAGUUACUCAAAGCACAGUGCUGGCAGCAGAGAGGAAUCUGCUGCCAAUUAGCUGCAUUCUUUUGAACACUUUGUUCCCCGGCUUCUGUUUUGUUUAUCCCCAGGCUGAAGCAAGCUGUUUUGUUUUUACCCGGAUUAAACUCCGGUUUAAUCCGGUUUAUCUUUUGAGCGUUUUUCCUUGCCCCUUUUUGCUUUUAAAGGCUAAUACUGCCUGGCCCUUGUAUUUUACGGGCAUUUUGAGUUCUGUAAUCCAAUAAACUCUGUUAUCUUUGA